GCUUAGCAACCGGGAGGCUUACCUUUGGAAGCUUGUUGCAGCUCUAGCUACGGUCCUGCCCUCUUCCCGCCCCACCCCUCCCCUAAACUCCCUUCACCUAGGAGCUGCCAAACAUCUGGAUCAACCUGGGCACUACGAGGGGUUGAAUUUCUACCAUUAACGCGCCUUUUGACAUUUUUUUCCCGACCUCCUGCUCACAUCCGUAAAACCCACUGAUUCUUUUACUACACUUUUUAUGAGAACAAGACAUUUUCUAGGAAGAUGGUGGCAGAAAAAGAGACCCUGAGCUUAAACAAAUGCCCAGACAAGAUGCCGAAGAGGACCAAGCUGCUGGCACAACAGCCGCUCCCGGUGCACCAGCCUCACUCCCUGGUUUCUGAGGGCUUCACAGUCAAAGCCAUGAUGAAAAACUCAGUCGUGAGAGGCCCUCCAACGGCAGGGGCAUUUAAAGAAAGACCAACCAAGCCCACAGCAUUUCGAAAAUUCUAUGAGCGAGGUGACUUCCCAAUUGCCCUUGAGCAUGAUUCGAAAGGAAACAAAAUCGCCUGGAAGGUAGAAAUUGAGAAGCUGGAUUACCAUCAUUAUCUGCCUCUGUUUUUUGAUGGGCUUUGUGAAAUGACAUUUCCGUAUGAGUUUUUUGCUCGGCAAGGAAUCCACGACAUGCUGGAACACGGUGGGAACAAGAUCCUACCUGUCCUUCCACAGCUCAUUAUCCCGAUAAAAAAUGCCUUGAAUCUCCGAAACCGACAGGUCAUCUGUGUCACUCUCAAGGUCCUCCAGCAUCUGGUUGUGUCAGCUGAGAUGGUGGGCAAGGCCUUGGUGCCUUAUUACCGUCAAAUCCUCCCCGUCCUGAACAUCUUUAAGAAUAUGAAUGUUCUCAAUGGAAACAAAAGGCAAGAAUGAUCUUUGGAAUGCUGUGUGUACAAAAUCAACCCAAACAAGAGAUAGAUGAGACUCAUUGUCUUCCUCCAGAAUAACAAUCGCCUGUAAUUGCUGUGCUGAUGAAACAGUCACAAGAGGCAUGACAGACCCAGAAAGAGACCCUUGGUGCUUCACGUGGUAUCUGUCUUUAUACGGGUCUCUUUUACAUUCAGCAGGUUUCAUUAGAAAAAAGAAUUUCGAAGUAUUUCAUUAACAAAACUGAGGAAAUGCGUAUUUAAACAUUGAUACCCCUGUGAAAGAGUAAUUUCUUACGUAAAUGUAGCAUUUUCACCUAUGUUACCUCAUUUAAUCUUCAGAACUAAUCUUAAGAUGCAAUUUUCCAAUUUUAUAGACAAGGAAGUGGAAACUUAUAGAUGUGAAUUCACUUGUUCUGGGUCACGGAGGUGUAAUUUUUAGAGCGCAGUCUUAGUUAGUGGUCUUGACUCUAAGUUCAAAAUAGAGGCCUCCACUUUGCCGAGCACCAAAAGAGCGAGAGAUGAGUUAGUGCGUGAGUCCCAAGAGGAAGGGACUCUGCAGGUCCUUAGCAGUUAAGGAAGCGUCAUGAAACAUUUCUUGAAGAAUGGAUAGGAUUUAAAUAG